AUGCAAAGACAAUCCAACCAGAAGGGAAGAAUUUUUUUUAUUCCAAUGUUGGGGAGUUCUUCAUCUUCUUCUUUUGCUACUGCUGCUGUUAUGUCCCCUCCUCCUCCAAAGUAUGAUGUGUUUUUGAGCUUUAGAGGGGAAGACACGCGUGAGAACUUCACUAGUCAUCUUUAUGCUGAACUUGGCAGGAAAAACAUCAAUACGUUCAUUGAUUACAAAUUAGAGAGAGGCGAUGAGAUCUCAUCUGAACUCUACAAAGCAAUUGAACAGUCCACUAUUUAUGUCAUCAUUUUCUCACAACAAUAUGCUUCUUCUUCGUGGUGUUUGGAUGAGCUUGCAAAGAUUCUGGAAUGCAGGAAAAGAUAUGGAAGGGAUGUGAUACCAGUUUUCUACAAGGUGGAUCCAUCCAGUGUAAGGCAACAAAAAGAAAGCUAUGCAGAUGCAUUUGUUAACCAUGAAAACCGGUUUAAGGAUGAAGUAACACGGAGGUGGAAGGUUUCUCUAACCGAAGCAGCUGGAAUUUCUGGCUGGAAUUCACGCACCACCAGACCAGAAUCUAUGCUUGUCAAGAAUAUUGUGGAAGAUAUUUUAAGAAAAUUGGAUCGUUCUUUCUCAAGUGAUAAUCAAGGAGUGGUUGGAAUUGACAAGCAUAUUGCACAAGUCCAAUCCUUGCUGCACCUUGAGUCAGCAGGUGUUCGGAUCAUAGGAAUUUGGGGCAUGGGAGGAAUAGGUAAAUCUACACUUGCUCGAGCAUUACAUAACAAGCUGGCUAUACAAUUCAGUUCCAGGAGCUGCAUUAUAAAUGCUCAGCAAGAAAUUGAAAGAAUUGGAGUGGACUCUCUACGUAAAAAAUACUUAUCAGAACUUCUGGAGGAAGAGAUCUCGUCCAAUGGAUUACAUUUUGCAAUUGAAAGGGUCAAACGAGCAAAGGUUCUCCUUAUUCUUGAUGAUGUGAAAGAUUCGAGUCAAGUUCAAAAAUUAUUUGGAGGGCGUGGAAACUUUGGCCAGGGAAGUAGGAUCAUUGUGACUAGCAGAGACAUCCAAGUGCUUUGGAAUGCUGAAGCUGAUGGAAUAUAUAAGGUAAAAGAGAUGGAUUCCCAAGAUUCUCUAAAGCUCUUCAGUUUGAAGGCCUUUAAACAAAACUAUCCCAUAGAAGGUUAUACGGCCUUGGUAGAAAAGGUAUUAGAAUAUGCUAAAGGGGUUCCAUUAGCUCUCGAAGUUUUGGGCUCAUUGCUUUAUGGUAAAGCAAAGAAAGCAUGGGAAAGUGGGCUGCAAAAGUUGGAAAAGUUUCCCGAUGAUAAAAUUUUCAAUGUGUUGAAAUUAAGCUAUGAUGGACUGGAUAAUGAACAGAAGGAAAUAUUUCUUGACAUAGCUUGUUUCUAUAGAGGACAUUUGGAGCAUAUUGUAGAACACACACUAGAUAAUUGUGGUUUCUCUGCUCAAAUUGGAAUGGAUGUUCUCAAAGAUAGGGGUUUUAUAUCAAUUUGGAGAGAUCGAAUCGUUGUGCAUGGUCUAAUGGUGGAAAUGGGAUUAGAAAUUGUUCGUCGACAAUGUGUCAAUGAUCCUGGAAAACGUAGUCAUUUAUGGGACCAUGAAGAAAUUUAUCAUGUUUUAAGAAAUAACAAGGGGACGCAUGCAAUACAAUGUAUAUUCCUUGAAAUAUACAAAAUAAAAGAAGUUCAACUACAUCCAGAAACUUUCAAACAUAUGCCAAAUAUGAGAAUACUCCAUUUUCAUAAAUAUUCUUCGUUCUUCGAAGGUCAAUCGAAUGUGAUCCUUCCUGCAAGUUUUGGAAGUCUUCCGGAUGGUUUAAAAGUUCUUCAUUGGGAUGAAUUUCCUCUACGAUCUUUGCCGUUGGACUUUUGUCCAGAAAAUCUUGUUGAAAUUGUGUUGUUUAAAAGCUCUCUUGAACAACUUUGGGAGGAUGAUCAGGAAUUACCAAAUUUGAAAAGGCUAAAUCUUAGUUUUUCUUCAGACCUUAUUCGAAUACCAGACCUUUCUAAGUUUCCAAAUAUUGAGGAAAUAACUCUUAGUGGUUGUGAAAGCUUGACUCAAGUUUACUCCUCGAGGCUCCUCAACAGGCUCAAUUUUGUAUGGUUGAUAGGUUGUUUUCAGCUCACGAGUUUAAAUCUUCGUAGCAAUAUUCUAUCAAGAUCUUCUGGAGUAGUAUGGCUCUGUGAUUGUUGGAAGCUCGAAACGUUUUCAAUCAAUAGAACCGAGGUGGUUAAAUCACGUGGUCCACAUUUUGAUGGAAUGGCUAUAGAAAUUUGUGAUGAUGCAAAAGGUCCCUCUGGCUAUCAGGAGAUGAAUGGAAAAGGUCUAGACGAAAAAUAUUUAAAAAAUCUUUCUUUUAGAGAAAUUCAGCCCUCACGAGUUUCAUAUGAGCUUUGUUGGUUAAAUCUUGGUAAUUGUAGAUCCCUUACAAGCCUUCCAAACGACCUUUAUAAGUUGAAAUUGCUAAGAGGACUUAUUCUUAGUGGUUGCUCAAAUUUGGAAAAAUUCCCUGAAAUUGAGAAGACAAUGGAAAAUUUAGCUGUGCUUGUCUUAGAUGGAACAGCAAUACAAGAACUACCUUCAUCCUUGCAGCGUUUGGUGGGGCUUGAAGAACUGAGCUUGAACAAAUGCCGAAGGCUUAAGAUUAUUCCCUCAUGGAUUGGACGACUCACCAAACUCUGCAAGUUAGACCUUACCGACUGUGAAUCACUUGAAACUUGUCCAAGCAGCAUUUUCAAAUUGAAGCUGACAGGACUUGAUUUUAAGGGUUGCUCAAAGCUAAAGACCUUCCCACAGAUCUUUGAGCCUGCAGAAAGUUUUGCUCACAUUAGCUUAACAGAAACAGCAAUUAAAAAACUGCCUUCAUCGUUGGAUUUUUUGGUGGGCAUUCAAACCCUGUGUCUGAACGAGUGCCGUAAUCUGGAGUCACUUCCAAGCAGCAUUGGUAAUCUAAACCUUCUCACUGAGCUUGACUUUUCAUUUUGCUGUAAGUUAACAGAAAUCCCAAAUGACAUAGGUCGCUUGAUAUCAUUAAGUAAACUGUCACUGCAAGACACCGCAAUUGUGAACCUUCCAGAGAGUAUUGCUCAUCUUUCAAGGUUGGAAUCACUUGAUGUAAGUGGUUGCAGAAUGCUUGAAUGUAUCCCACAGCUUCCACCAUUUAUGAAACAGCUAUUGGCAUUUAAUUGCCCAUCCAUUAGAAGAUUGAUGAUGCCAAAUCCAAGGAAAGAGGGUACCUUCAAACUUUAUUUCACCAAUUAUGAAGAAGAAAAAUAUCCAAGUGCUUGUAGUGAUGUUUUGGCCGAUGCAAGGCUGAGGAUCAUUGAGGAUGCAUAUAGGUUUGUGUUCUAUUGCUUUCCAGGGAGUGCAGUUCCUGAUUGGUUCCCUUAUCGUGGCGAGGGAAAUUCAGUUACUGUGAAUAAGAGCUCUCUAGAUCAAUGCAAUUAUAAUAGGCUCAUUGGAUUUGCUGUGUGUGUCGUUUUACGUCAUGAAGACAUGCCUCUCUUGAAACUUAGAUGUCGUGGUUUUCGAUACAGAUUAACACUUGAAUCUGAUGGCUUCAAAUAUAUCAUUCCCAACGAUGUUCAGUUAAACGAUUCUUUGAGUUUGAGUUGUUAUCGAAUGGGACAUGUCAAGCACACAUUCCUAUGGAAACAUUACUUAAUGGACUUUGCAAGCAUUGACAAAGUGACCUUUCAUGCCCUCAACUUCACGUUUGACUUUUUUCCGAAGUGGCUUGGUUUAAAAGUAUAUCCCGAGAUGUGCGGAAUAUGCCCUCUUUAUAACAAAGAAAAAGAUGAUAAUGGUGAUGGUGCAUGUUAAUGACUAUUCCAGCGCUCUGAGAGUUUCAAAUAAUGAACUUGAAGAACACACUGGAAAAAGCCGUGUCUAAGGUGAAACAUGCUGUCAUAUGGUUUUUCUGUGAGCCACGACCAUACUUAAAACCAGAUAAGUUUUUUUCUCGGGGAACCUGGAACAGCUAAUGAUAAGAUGUUAUUUCUUAUUACCUUGGUUUGGACAUUUCAAAUUCAUUUAGAUUUGGUGGACACCGUACCCCACAACUCUGUCGUGUCAUUUCAAGCAGACUUUGAAGUAUCAGAAGAACUCCUUAAGACGUUUCUUCUUAUCAAUUGGACGCACAUGAUAAGUGGGAAAUAUUGUUUCUGCUUCUUUUGGACAUUUAGAGAGAGAGAGAGCACAACUAUGUGAAAUUAGUUGAAAAAUUAGCAAAUGUAACUAUGUGUCUAUGUGUGAGUAAAAGUAGGAGGAAUGCUGCUGACGAUAGAGGAGUGGAAGUGAAUAAAAAAGGUUACCAUGUUUUUUAUCUUCAAUCGUUCCAUCAAUCACUUCCCUUAUUUUUCUAAUUAAUGUCAAAUUUUAAACACCAUAGGAAUAAUUUGUAUGAUACAUACAAUACUUGGUUGGGAUACAUAUAAUAGUACGUUAAAAAAUUUGUAUGAUGUUCAUGAUAAUUGGUUGCCAUACAUAUAUAGCGCGUCGUCUAUUUUCAACAAUGUUGAUAGUUUGGAAGAUCUUUGCC